AUGAAUCGAGGAAACGGACAUAGAUAUGGGACUGAUGCCCCUCGGUGUGGCCCAGGCCCUCCACCGAAAACAUACCAUCUGAAACAGGCACUCACACGUGCCAACGAGGAGGUCUUCCGUCUGACCGAACUUGUGAAAGACCUUGAGUACUUCAAGACGGAUGCUGAGAUUGAGAAGAACAGUUUUUACCUUGUCAUCAAAGAUGGGAGAUUGGCAACCGCCCGUCUGGAGAAGAGUCUGCAGACCGCCAACAAGAGGAUCAAGACCCUGGAGGAAAAGAUGGCCCAAGAACAGCUCGUCAGUCACCAGGAGAAGGAGCGGAUGGUUCAAGAGCAUGAGGACGAACAUGCCGACCAAGUCAUCAAGUACCUUAAUCUCUUCAAGAAGAACGAGGAGUUGUCUCUGAGCCUCGCCGACGCCAAAGACGAACUCGUCACCAACGAGAUCUGGCGAAGAAAGUACGAGGUUCUGGAGAAAAAGACCAACCAAGACAUCGCCCUAAAACAAGAGGCACUGGAAGCCCUUCAGGUAAAAUACCAGGGGAUGGCCACCGAGGUUGAGAACCCGAUGUGCCAGAAGACCAGUGAGACCCUGAAAGUCAACGAAGAGAUGCAGUCCGAAAACCUCCACCUGCUGGAACGUCUGAGAGUACAGGAGGAAAAGAUGGCUGAAGUCCAGCUCAUCAGUCACCAGGAGAAGGAGCGGAUGGUUCAAGAGUAUGAGGCCAAACUUUCCGACCAAAAUAUCCAGAACCAGGCACUGGAAGCCCUUCAGGUAAAGUACCAGGAGAUGGCCACCGAGGUUGAGAAUCUGAUGGUCCAGAAGCUGAGUGAGACCCUGAAAGUCAACAAAGAGAAAGAAAGCAUCUUACAUAAGCUGAGAGAGACUGAACAACAGCUCAUCAGCGAGGAAGAGAAAUUCAAAGAUCUGGAAACAAGGGUGUGCAAAGAACUGAACCUCAAACAAGAGAUGUCGGAGACCAGAGUAACACAACUGUACUCCGACAACCUUGCUCUGGAGGAGAAGUUGAACAAGCAGCAGGCCAACAACCACCAGCUGGAGGCAGAAUACAAACUGCUAACGGACUGGAGGGAUGGCAUGGCUGACAAACAAAAGCACCAAGAGGAGAACAGAUCCCUCAAACUCCAACAGAUGGAGGAGAUGACCAAAGAAAAUCAGAUUCUCAUCACCAAGGUGAAACAGUUGCAGGACGAAAACACUCUUCUUGAAAACAUCUGUCUGGACUUGAAGAAGAAGAAGAGAGGCAUCUUUGGAAGAAGAAUGCAGGAAAGACAGGUAGAGAUGGACAAGAUGAAGCAAAAAAUGCAGGACCAGGAGACUAAGAGGUCCGAAAAAGAAGAGAAGAAGGGCCGUGAGGAGAAAAAGACCUUCCAGGGCUGA